UCUCAGCUUGGCUCUGCCUCUUGUCUCCUCUCUCCUCCCUUUUUCAUUCGUGCAAUCCUCUGAUCACUGAGCUGCUUCUCCCUGCUCUGGCUGGAUUAUUGCAUUGUUAUGCUGGCGGUGGUACCAUGGACAGAGCACCCCUGCACUGAUCUCAGCCCUUGCUGCCACUGAUUGUCUGCCCACCAUCUUCUGAUGCCUGUACUGAAUCUGGAAGACGGGAUGGAUGUCCUCCCUGGAUCAGUGCCAGCUGAUCCCUGACAUGGCUGUCACCAUCUUGACAUUUCAGAUGUCACAGCUGUCAUUGAUUAUCUGAUGAAAUAAAAUAGCACAACUAUUGGGAAAAGCAAAUCUGCUGAUGACAGAGCAGUCUGCUGUUUGGAUCUUGUAGGUGCAAGUCCCAGGAUGUGCCUGUGUAUGUGCUGACAGAGGUGUCUGGACCUCCUCCUCUCCUCCCUGGUGUCCUGGAGCUCAGACCUUGUUGUGGUUUGGGGUCAAAUAGGAUGCAGCUUCUGAUCUGUGAACUCCAUCCUCUGCUGUGACACUGCUGCUUCUGUCCUCUCUGCUGUAUGGAAUUCUCCCAGGGAGCAUAACAUAGGAGAUCUGUCUGUCCCUGACCAUGUGGGUCCAUCCAGAAGAAGUGCUGCUGGCAAACGCCCUAUGGAUCACAGAGAGGGCCAAUCCUUAUUUCAUACUGCAGAGGAGGAAGGGUCAUGGGACCAGAGGAGGUGGAGGGUUGGCCGGUUUAUUAGUUGGGACACUUGAUGUUGUUUUGGACUCAAGUGCAAGAGUGGCACCUUAUCGCAUCCUUUAUCAGACUCCAGACUCCCUUGUGUACUGGACUAUUGCUUGUGGUGGUUCUCGGAAGGAGGUGACUGAGCACUGGGAAUGGCUUGAAGUGAACUUGCUGCAAACGCUUUCCAUUUUUGAAAAUGAAAAUGACAUCACCACAUUUGUUAGAGGAAAAAUACAGGGUAUCAUUGCAGAGUAUAAUAAAAUUAAUGGAGUUAAAGAAGAUGAUGAUACAGACAAGUUUAAAGAGGCGAUUGUAAAGUUCCACAAGCUUUUUGGUAUGCCAGAUGAAGAGAAAUUGGUGAAUUACUACUCCUGCAGUUACUGGAAGGGCAGAGUUCCCCGGCAAGGAUGGGUGUACCUGAGCAUCAAUCACCUUUGUUUCUAUUCCUUCCUGCUGGGAAAAGAAGCCAAGCUGGUGAUCCGUUGGGUGGAUAUAACGCAGCUGGAAAAGACGGCCACCCUGCUUCUUCCUGACAUGAUUAAAGCUAGCACGCGGUCUAGUGAACAUUUCUUCUCCGUCUUUCUCAACAUCACAGAGACGUUCAAAUUAAUGGAGCAGCUUGCCAACAUGGCUAUGAGGCAGCUUCUGGACAAUGAAGGCUUUGAGCAGGACCGCUCUCUUCCCAAACUGAAAAAGAAAUCGCCCAAAAAAGUAUCUGCCCUAAAACGAGAUUUAGAUGCUCGAGCCAAGAGCGAACGAUAUCGCUCCCUCUUCCGCCUCCCCAAGGAUGAGAAGCUGGAUGGACAUACAGACUGUACCCUAUGGACACCAUUCAGUAAAAGACAUAUUGUGGGCCAGAUGUUUGUAUCCACCAAUUACAUCUGCUUCACUAGUAAAGAGGAGAACCUGUGCAGCCUAAUCAUUCCACUGAGAGAGGUGACCAUUGUUGAGAAGGCAGACAGUUCCAGUGUCCUGCCUAGUCCACUGUCUAUCAGCACAAAGAACAGAAUGACCUUCCUAUUUGCCAACUUGAAGGACAGAGACUUUCUUGUGCAGAGGAUAUCUGAUUUCCUGCAGCAAACUACCCUGAAAAUGUACUUUGAUAAGGACAUGUCUGGAAGUGACAGCAGCAUGAGUGAAGAGGUAUAUUUGAAAGCAAGCAGCUUUGUUUCCUGCAGUCCUCAGAUGAGACUCCGGACAGAAGUAGAUGGCGAUCGACCAUUAAAUCUUAAUGGCAAUACUGCUCCAACUGCCACCCAAACCUUAAUGACAAUGUAUCGCAGGAGGUCACCAGAAGAAGAAUUCAACCCUAAACUGGCCAAAGAAUUUCUGAAGGAACAAGCGUGGAAGAUCCAUUUUGCAGAGUAUGGCCAGGGAAUCUGUAUGUACCGGACACAAAAGACAAGAGACCUGGUGUUGAAAGGAAUCCCAGAGAGUAUGCGUGGAGAACUGUGGCUGCUCUUUUCUGGUGCUAUAAAUGAAAUGGCUACUCAUCCUGGGUAUUAUGAAGAGUUGGUCGAGAAGUCCAUGGGUCAGUAUAACCUUGCCACAGAAGAAAUUGAGAGGGAUUUGCAUCGUUCUCUUCCAGAACAUCCAGCAUUCCAAAAUGAAAUCGGGAUUUCUGCCUUGAGAAGGGUCCUCACUGCUUAUGCCUUCAGAAAUCCAAACAUUGGAUACUGCCAGGCCAUGAAUAUUGUUACCUCUGUGCUUCUGCUGUACGCAAAGGAAGAAGAAGCCUUUUGGUUGCUUGUUGCUCUAUGUGAACGCAUGCUUCCUGAUUAUUACAAUACAAGAGUUGUUGGAGCUCUUGUGGAUCAGGGUGUUUUUGAAGAAUUGGCUCAUGAUUAUGUGCCCCAGCUAUAUGACUGUAUGCAAGAUCUGGGCGUAAUUUCCACGAUUUCCUUGUCUUGGUUCCUCACGUUGUUUCUCAGUGUCAUGCCUUUUGAAAGUGCUGUGGUGGUAGUGGACUGUUUCUUCUAUGAAGGCAUCAAGGUGAUAUUCCAGCUGGCACUUGCUGUGUUGGAGGCCAAUGUGGACAAGCUACUUAACUGUAAAGAUGAUGGAGAAGCCAUGACUGUCUUGGGGAGGUAUCUAGACAGUGUGAGUAAUAAAGACAGCACUUUACCACCAAUUCCACAUCUCCAUUCCUUAAUCAUGGAUGACACCGAGCCUUAUCCAGAAGUGGACAUCUUUACACUGAUAGCUGCAUCUUAUCAGAAAUUCGGAACUAUACGAGCAGACCUGAUAGAGCAGAUGAGAUUUAAGCAACGGCUAAAAGUAAUACAGAUUCUUGAAGAUACUACAAAACGAAAUGUGGUCCGCACUAUUGUCACCGACACUGCAUUCACUAUUGAUGAAUUGGAAGAAUUGUAUGCACUUUUUAAGGCUGAGCACAUGACAAGCUGCUACUGGGGAGGUAACAGCUCACUCAUUGAACGUCAUGACCCUUCCCUUCCCUAUCUUGAGCAGUACCGCAUAGACUUCCAGCAAUUCAAGGGACUGUUUAUACUGCUGUUCCCAUGGGCAAGUGGAGCACACACAGAUGUCAUGGCCGUCCGUCUGUUUAGACUCCUAGAUGAAAAUGGGGACAACUUGAUCAAUUUUAAAGAAUUUGUCUCGGGUUUAAGUAACGCCUGCCAUGGGGACCUCACUGAAAAAUUGAAGCUGUUAUAUAGGAUGCACAUACUGCCUGACCUGUCACCUGACCAGGAAGAGCCAGAUUCGGCUUUUGAGGCCACUCAAUAUUUUUUUGAAGAUAUCACACCAGAAUGUAGCCAAGUCUCGACACUUGAUUCCAAAUACAAGAAAAGGCCAGAAGAAGGAUUUGUGGCUGUCAGCCUUAAAAUCACUAAAGUUAAGAGGACAAGCCAAGACAAUCGGAAUUCUCUUCGUUUAUGGGCACAAGAGAACCGAUCAAGGCAAAAGGUUCCAAAGGAGUUGCCUAAAUUAAAACAGGGCCAGUUCAUUGAACUGUGUAAAACUAUGUACAAUAUGUUCAGUGAAGACCUUUGUGAGCAAGAACUGUAUCAUGCCACUGCUGCAGUCACCAGCUUGUUGCUUGAGAUUGGAGAGGUGGGCAAGCUUUUCUCUGCCCAGGUUCCAGAAGAGACACCCAAUCAAAACACCAAGGAGACUCCAGGCAAAAUCAGCGAGAAGAAACCGGUGCAUAUAUGCCAAUAUAUCCAGGGGGGAGUUUUCUCCAACAUCCAGGUAUCCAGUGACCAUGCAGAAGAUCAAAUGGAGGAAGUUAAGCUAGAAGACUCCUCUCCAAGAGACAAUGGGGCCUGUUCAUCUAUGCUGAUAUCCGAUGAUGACACUAAAGACGAUAUGUCCUCUUACUCCGUACUGAGUGCUGGAUCCCAUGAAGAUGACAAACUGCAGUGUGAAGACAUUGGUGAUGACACCAUUCUUGUGCGAAGUCACCAUCAUGCUUCUUUGCCAUCAAGCACAAGUCUAGACCAAGACUGGGCCAUAACCUUUGAGCAGUUCCUUGCCUCUCUCUUGACAGAGCCAGCUCUGGUGAGAUACUUUGACAAGCCUGUGUCCAUGAUGGCAAGGAUCACCAAUGCUAAAAAUGUCCGAAUGAUGGGGAAAACUUUACCAUCCACAAGUGACUAUGACAUUCCAACAAUUUCUGGAUAGAGCCGACCAUAAAAUGGACUUUUUUAUUUGACUGAAUGAAAACAAAAAAAAAAUGCUCUUUUAAACUUUUCGGUAAAAAAUGCACAACUCCCCCCUAACCUUAAAUAUAUGACCUAUUAGUAUAAUAUAGAUUUUAAACCAACGUUUUUAAAGACCUACUACUAUAGUACAGGCAUGGGUGGAGCUGUUUUAAAAGAGGGAUUUUAAAUAACGUAUAAAUAUAUAUAUUAAUCUUAAUCUAUCACAGUACAAUAUAAAGUGUAUUAUUUGUCCUCUAGAUAUAAAGAACUUCUUGUUGAAGCAGAACAUAAGGUUGGUAAUUGAGUAAAGAAGUGCAAAGCGCAAUAGCCUGUAAUGACCAAUUAGAAUUUUGUUUGCUAAAGUCGCAUAAAAAUGAUUCCUCAUUGGUCGUAAUGGGCUAGUGCAUUACAAUUGUUUUUUAUACUUCCUUAUUAAAUAAGCCUAAUUAUAUGUAUCGGGAUAAUAUAAUGUAAUUUCAUGUAAAUAAGUCCUAAUGUGUAUUGGACGUCUAUGCUGCUGUAUAUGAAGUCGGUGGGAAUGCAAUGCCACUUUAUUAGAUGAAUACCAAUCCUACCCUGAGCUAGUGUUUACUGUACCUAUGCACCUGCACUUUGAAAUUUUGCUCCUUUGUUAGCAGAAUUACUUCUUUACAUUUUGGUUUUAUAACUGUCUAUUUAUAAGUCAGAAACUGGCAACAUCUUUCCUCCAUAGCCGUGCACAUCUAAAGUGAAUCGCAUACUGCUAGUUCAUCAAACACUCCCCUCCCCCCAGACUGAUAAAGCAGCUCCUGUGCUCCUUCAUACAGAGUGUAGGCACUCUAAUACAAGAGGCAUGUUACUGGCCAGAUCACAGGUGAAAACAAGGGGGGGGGGGCCUAAAAAAAAGAAAACGAAUGCAGCCACCAC